UGUCGCCCGGCGGGUCGGCCAGGGUCAAGAAGUAAGAUGGAGUCUGUCUCCCUUCGGAGGCGAGGUUGUGUCCCAGCCGAGGAGGGCAGUGCUGCAGGGCCGUUAGUCCUUCGAGUGAAUGGAGCUUUCCACGAUGUGAAAGAUGAAGAUCCGCAAAUGUCUCUGGCUGAGUACCUUCGCAGUGUUCUGAAGCAUUGUGGAACAAAGGUCAUGUGUCAUGAAGGAGGCUGUGGCUGUUGUGUCGUGGUGGUUGAGUACGAUGACCCCAUGAAACCUGGAGAAAGAAUCAUCAAGUCAAUUAACUCAUGUUUGUUUCCAAUUGGAUCCCUACUGUCACUGAAGAACCAUUGUGUCAUUACAAUAGAGGCAUUGGGGUCUGUAAGGAAGGGUUUACACCCAAUUCAGCAGCGGCUGGCUGAUUACAAUGGAACCCAAUGUGGAUACUGCAGCCCAGGUUUUGUCAUGCAGAUGUAUGGGCUUCUGAAGAAUAAUGCAACUCCUAGUUCUCAGGAGGUGGAGGAUAACUUUGAUGGCAAUGUCUGCAGAUGUACAGGGUACCGUCCUAUUUUAGAUGCCAUGAAGUCUUUUGCAAAUGAUGCAGACAAAAGGCAAAAAGGAUCCUUUAUUGAUAUUGAGGAUUUGAGGACUUGUCCCAAGACAAAGCAAUUGUGUAAGCGGAACUAUCUGAACAAAAUUGGACCUUGCACUGAUCAAACAAAGAACACAGCCAGCUUGCUUUUCUCAAAGAAUAAUAUAAGUUGGUACCAGCCCACUGUGCUAACAGAAUUGUAUCUGUUAUUGCAAGAACAUUCUGAGGAAGCCGUCAAACUUGUACAUGGCGAUACCGCUAAAGGCGUUUACAAGAAAGACGGACCUUAUCAAGUUUUCAUUGAUGUGAAAGGAAUCGCUGAUCUUUACACAGUCACAAUGCAACCAAGUGGCUUGAAGGUGUUUUCCAACGUCAGCCUGAAUUCACUCAUUGGCCACCUGAAGCAAUAUUCUGACCAGUCACCUUCCUACACGGUUAUAGCUAGUCACCUGCUGAAGAUUGCUAAUGGGCCUGUGAGAAAUGCCGGUGGAUGGGCUGGAAACUUGAUGAUGAAAUGGAAGCACCAUGAGUUUGUGUCUGAUGUAUUUGUGGUCUUUGAAGCUGCUGGUGCUAAAGUGACUGUUUCAGAUGUUACUGAUAUGAACACUUACACUUUAAUGGAAUUCCUUGGUGUCAACAUGCAAGGAAAGUUGCUCUUGUGUGUGGAAAUUCCAAAGCUGGCAGAGGGAGAGUCGAUGAACACUUAUAAGAUCAUGCCACGAAAUCAGAAUGCUCAUACCUAUGUGAGUGCUGGAUUCCGUGUAAAAACAAGAGUUUCAAAUAACAAGCAGUUGGUGGAAUCCGUCUCAAUGGUAUACACUGGAAUUGCUGAAGACUUCAUUCAUGCUACAGCCACAGAAAAAUACCUACAAGGCAAAGAUCUCACUUCCAAUGAUACUUUACAAGGUGCCUUGGCUGUUCUUGACAAGGAAGUAAUUCCUGAUGAUUCUGAUCCACUGUUGGCCAGUGCUGCAUACAGGAAAAUAUUGGCGCAAGGGCUUUUCUAUAAGUUUUACUUGUCUUUGUUGAGUGACAAAACCAUCUCACCACGUAACCGAAGUGCACGAUAUUCUUUGGAACGUCCUGUUUCCUCAGGGAAGCAAACUUACAGCACCAAGCCAGAGGAAUAUCCUUUGACACAGCCCAUCCCAAAAUUAAGUGCUCGUCUGCAGACAUCAGGUGAAGCUCAGUUCAUCAAUGACUUACUGCCUCUUCCUAAUGAGCUAUUUGCUGCAUUUGUUCUAAGCACAGAGGGCAAUGCAACUCUCAGCAGCAUCGAUGGUACAGCAGCUAUGACUAUGCCUGGUGCUGUGGCAGUGCUAAAAGCAGAGGACAUCCCUGGAAGCAACACAUUCAUGCCUCCACCCUUUGCAGUUGAAGAGAUUUUCAGCAGUGGGCCUCUUCUAUAUGCUGGACAACCAAUUGCACUGUGUAUUGCAGAUUCACAGAAACAUGCUCUCCAGAUGGUGGAAGCAGUGAAGGUUACCUACCAAGAUCAGAAACCACCAAUAGUGACUCUUGACGAAGCUAUCAAGAAGAAAUCCUUCCACCCAUCGCCUGGACCAGGGUUACUGACUGGAGAUCCUGCCACAGCGAUUUCAGAAUCUCCCUGCAAGAUUGAAGGUGAAAUUAGGAUGGGUGAACAGUAUCAUUUCUACAUGGAAACACAGAUUUGUCGGUGCGUGUCUACGGAAGAUGGUUUGGAAGUCCAGGCGUCAAGCCAGUGGUUGACUUUGGUCCAGCAGGCCGUUGCCGAUGCUGUUGGAAUACAAGUCAAGAAUAUUAAUGUCACAGCUAAGCGUUUGGGUGGAGCUUAUGGAGGUAAAGCCACACGUGCAAAUUUAGUGGCUUGUGCAGCAGCAGUCGCUGCCACAGCACUUCGCAGACCUGUUCGAUGCAUUAUGGACCUGAGCACCAACAUGAAAGCAGUUGGCAAACGCCAUGGUUAUAUAGUCAGAUACAAGGUGGGGUUUAAUAAGGAUGGUACACUGAAUGGCGUUAUUAUUACUUACUACUGUAACAAUGGGAGCAGUCCAAAUGAUAAUGAAGUUGGGGAGAACUUGGUGUUUUCUGAUAAUGCGUACAGGUGUAAAAAUUGGCAGCUGAUCCCUGUAGCUUUAAAGACAAAUCGCGCCCCUCACACAUGGUGCAGAGCUCCAGGUUCAAAGCCCAACAUAUUUGUCAUCGAGACUAUUCUUGAACAUGUGGCCAAGUUUCUAUCACUGGAUCCAAUUGCUGUAAAGCAGAGGAAUCUGUAUGCUCGGGGAGACCAAACACCGAUGGGCUUCGUUCUGCCUUAUUGCAGCAUUCGGGACCUUUACUCAUCUCAGCUAACAAAAGUGGAUGUGGCAGGACGCAUGCAAGCAAUUAAGAAGUUUAAUGCAGACAAUCUGUGGAAGAAGAAAGGACUGGCAGUGGUUCCUCUUAAAUAUAGCCUGUCCUGGAGCUGGACAUGUUACCUGUGCACUGUUUCAGUAUUUGCCAGUGAUGGUUCAGUUAUAGUAUCACAUGGUGGAAUUGAAUCUGGUCAAGGCCUGAAUACUAAGGUUGCUCAAGUAUGUGCCUACAUGUUGGGAAUUUCAGUCGAUUAUGUCUCCAUAAAACCAACCACAACUAAUAGCAGUCCCAACUCUGGUGCAACUGGUGGCAGCAUCAGCAGUGAGCUUAACUGCAUGGGUGUUCAGCGCUGUUGUAAAAUACUGCGGGAGAGAAUGAAGCCGGUGAGGGACAAACUUCCACCGGGCACAUCCUGGAAGGAUCUGGUGGCAGCCUGUUUCAAAGCCAAGGUGAAUUUGACGGUACAGGAUUGGGUGUGGCCUGACCCACAGCCCAAAGAUGCUCCCCAGUAUAACUCGUAUGGGGUGACUGUUGCAGAGGCUGAGGUUGACAUUCUCACUGGAGAGAACCAGAUCACCCAAGUGGAUAUACUUUUUGAUUGUGGUGAAAGCCUGAACCCUGAUAUUGAUAUUGGACAAGUGGAAGGUGCUUUUAUCAUGGGCAUGGGAUAUUGGCUGAUGGAGGAGAUGGUCUAUGAUCCUAAGACUGGGGCUGUCCUGAAUGCAGGGACAUGGGAUUACAAACCACCAUUCAGCAAGAGCAUCCCUGUCAGUUUCAACAUCGAGCUGCUGAAGAAUGCUCCCAACCCGAUGGGUGUUCUUCGCUCUAAGGCCAGUGGUGAGCCUCCCCAGUGUAUGUCCUGUGCAACGUUAUUUGCUGUGAAGCGUGCUAUUGAGGCUGCACGUGAAGAUAUUGGACAGAACACGUACUUUCCACUAAGUGGACCGGCAACUGUUGAGGUGAUCCAGACAAACUGCCUUGUGGACUACCGAAACUUUAAAAUCUGAAAACCAUACUACAUCAUGCUACUCUACCAAACAAUGCUAAUAAUGUGGCAUGAAGCACAAUGUUUUGCAGUAUCAUCUCAAUAGCCUUGCAGUCUUAUACUUCACUGUUUAAACCUAUAAUAAUCACCUCUUUAUAUCAAACACAAAACUCUCAGAUAAAUACAAUUGUAGAUAGUUCAUGUCUCCAUUCCAGAAUUUCCACAGGUCUCCUGUCAAAAUAGUGCCAAAGAAUCAGAUGAAUCCCCAUAAAGCAUCAAUGCUAUUAUUAAAAUAAUAAAGCUAAUCUAUUUAAUGAUUUGUAGCACAUCCUUCAGCCUGUGAACUUAAAAUUGAUAGCAAGUAUUGUGUUUAAUUUUGAUUGGAUUUGUUUAAAUCAAGAUUUUUUAAAAAGCAAACUUACCACAUUUAUCAAUAAUUUGAUAGUGGUCGGAUUGGAGCUUCAACCAGAUUUCUUCACUUUGAAUGGAUAAUUAAAUUAAUCUAUACUUUAGCCAAAAAUUGGAGAUAAUAGCACGUGAAGAAGCCAUUCAACUUGCAGUCCUCGUGGCAUCUCUUUGCUGGUGAAAUCUCAGUGCAGUGCUCCAUUUCUUCAGCCCAACAUCUGCUUCAAAUUUAUCCCUUGGAAAAACUACUUUUGUUGUUUCAAAUGUUGUCCUGGCUGAGAAAUGCACACAAUAUACAUAAGAAUUAUCUCAUAACACUUUCAUAAUGUCAUUAACAAUUCCACCAAAGCAUUGUAACCAAGAACUAAUUUCGACCACCAGAAUUGCAGCAAAUUGUCAAGGUCAGAUAAUUUACCAUUGAUAAUAUUGAUACAUCAUCAGUCAUUUUUCUUUGUUUUCUCAGGGGAUAAGACUGUCAUUGGCACUGUCAACAAUUAUUGCCAUCUCUAAUUGCCCUCGAGUGUAUGUUGGUGAGCUGUUGCUUUGAACUGCUGUUGUCUGUGAGGCGGAGGAAGCCUCACAGUGCUGUAAGAUAGGGGUCCCAGCGAUUCUGAGCUGGCAGUAGAAAAGGAAGAGCAGUAUGUUUCCAAGCCAUGUGUGAACUGAAGGGGAAUUUGGAUGUGGUGCUGUUUUCAUGUGCCUUCUGCCCCUUGCCUUCCAGAUGAUAGAAGUACUGUUUUUGUUAAAAGAGAAAAGCCUGGGUGAGUUACUUGUAAUUGCAGUCCACUUUCCUUUUUCUUUAUUACACAGUUUUUUUGUAUUUAUAGAGACUAUUUAGCCUAAUCAGAACCUUCCUGGCAUACUAAAAGGUACAUGCUCUUGGCCCUCAACAAAAGUUGCUAUUGAUUUGUUGUCAAAUAUUUUAAAAUGCUUUAACAUUUAUGAAACUUGACUUAAUGAAUCAGAUUAUGAAAUAAUAAUUAACACUGGCUCACUGAUGAAAUGCAUGGGUUUUUACCUAAGUGCAAUAUCUACUAAUCAACAUGUUGUAGCCAACAAGAACCCCUCUCGCAGCAAAGUACAAUUGAUGUGAGUGUUUGAGCAAAGUUCCUCUGUAAGCAUUGCACUGGAAGAUAUACGUAUGAUGAAAAUGUGCAAAUUUUUAGUACUUUGUGUUUUCAGAAUGAAAUGUAAUCAAGUGCUAUAAAAUGGAGCAGACUGGGAUUAACCAAAAUGCUUAAUAACCAUUUCUUCAGAAAAUAUCCUCAAUGCACAAAGUCAAAAUUAAAAUGCUCCAGUAUAAAGAAUUGCACAUGAAUUUAGUGUCAAUGCAAGUUUUGGAAAUGUGAAUCCAAACUUGACAUAGUGUUGGGAAGUUUGGAAAUUUCCAGUGUAACGAAGAAUUACCUUUAGAUCAUAACAUAUAACCUUUUCGGUGAAUAGGUCCAAGUGUAUUUUUGUUAACAUAUAGAAGUUAUUUUUGCUGAUCUCAAGCCAUCUGCACACUUACUAAUGAAGUAAUCUGACUUUAAUUCUUGAAAAAACUUGUUUGUGAUUGCAUUUACUACUUCA